AUGUCGGAACUGGGCUCGGAGGAGUUGGAGGAGGAGGGAGACAAUGAUCUUGGGGGGAUCUACAAAUUUAAAAAUGGUGCUCGGUACAUUGGAGAAUAUUUAAAAAAUAAAAAGCAUGGUCAAGGCACUUUUAUAUAUCCAGAUGGAUCACGAUAUGAAGGAGAAUGGGCAGAUGAUCAGAGACAUGGCCAUGGUGUGUACUACUACAUCAACAACGACACCUACACAGGAGAGUGGCUUUCUCAUCAGAGGCACGGGCAAGGCACCUAUUUCUAUGCAGAAACAGGCAGCAAGUACGUUGGCACCUGGGUAAAUGGACAGCAGGAAGGUGCAGCCGAGCUUAUCCAUCUGAACCACAGGUACCAGGGCAAGUUCUUGAACAAAAAUCCUGUUGGCCCUGGAAAAUAUGUGUUUGAUAUUGGAUGUGAACAGCAUGGUGAAUAUCGCUUGACAGAUCAGGAAAAAGGGGAAGAGGAAGAGGAGGAGGAAACAUCAGCAACUGUUGUUCCCAAAUGGAAAGCGACUAAAAUCAUGGAGUUGGCCCUGUGGACACCAAGGAUUCCUGAAGAGCCACCACCUGCAGACAUACUUUUUGGUCAAGAAGAGGUCCUGGGGGCUGAGGGUGGAGACACUGGAGAGGACAUCAAACCACUGACGGAUGUCUCUGAGGGUGAGAACGAAUCAUUAAGAGCUGGAGAUGAAGACUUAGAUACCAGCAGGGAGGAGGGCCUGGACUACGGCCAGGAUGAAUUCCGAUAUGACUUAGAUCAUGGAAAUGUUAAUUUUGAAGAGGAAGAAAGUAGACAAUCAGAAUUACUAGAGUAA